CUUACAUCGACGCCGGAUAAGAAAUCCAACAAGGCUGCCGAUAGGAACGGCUGGAUCAUGAUACCUGCCCUGCGCAAAUUACACCGGAUUGGGCUAUGGUUACGCAACUCUGCUAUCCACAGUGUUGCAUGGGAUGAGCGCAUGGCGUUACGGCUCGGUAUUGGCAAUAAUACGCGCUGGAACUCAUGGUAUAGGAUGAUAGACAAUCUUAUCAGAAAAAAGCAGCAAGUGAAGCAAUUUUUGCUUGACCAUGAUGGGUCUCUGGGAGAUAACAUUAUUACCUCAUCAGAUUGGAAUUACCUAGAGAAGACACACGCGUUCCUCCAACCUUUCACAUCCGCCACCUUGUGGGCCCAAGGCGCGACAACGACGCUCUCCCAAAACCUC